UUAAAGGGUUCCAUUGAUGGGCAUUCCCCACCACGGCCUGCAAAGAACGAAGCGUCCUUCUCUGAUUAUUCAUUUUCAUUUCUAUAUUUGGGUGUUCUUCGAAUCCAGGCCAUAGCUAAAUCUGCUACGAGCUUUGUGUAUAAGUUACCAUUUGUUUCUCCUGCUCAAUCCACGACCGAUUUGAAUUUUGGGAGCCCCCAGGAGAGGCAGAGUCCCGCCGGAGCAUCUUCUGGGAGGGCGAGCAGCAAGCAGAGACAAUGCCACGAGGUGAAGAGACAGAUGAGGGUGUAAUGGCCACUGACUUCUUCUGGUCAUACACCGACGAGCCUCACGCUUCGAGGAGACGUCAAAUUCUUUCUCAGUACCCUCAGAUCCGGGAGCUCUUCGGUCCUGACCCCUGGGCUUUCUUUAAGAUUGCUGUGGUUGUUCUGCUUCAGUUAUGGACUGCUACGACCCUUCACAGUGCAGACUGGUUAAAGAUAUUGGCAGUAGCUUACUUCUUUGGCUCUUUUCUCAAUCACAACCUGUUUUUGGCCAUUCACGAGCUCAGUCACAACCUUGCCUUCUCAACCCCUGAUCAUAACCGGUGGCUUGGGAUUUUUGCUAAUCUUCCUAUUGGAGUGCCCAUGUCCAUCACAUUUCAAAAGUAUCACCUCGAGCACCAUCGCUUCCAAGGAGUGGAUGGUAUGGAUAUGGAUGUUCCGAGCACGACCGAAGCUCGUUUGGUGACUAAUAUUGUUUCGAAAGCCAUAUGGGUUGUCUUCCAACUCUUCUUUUAUGCUCUCCGGCCAUUGUUUCUCAAACCAAAGCCCCCAGGCCACUGGGAGUUCAUCAACUUCAUUAUUCAGAUAGGUCUUGAUUUCACCAUGGUUUACUUUUGGAGCUGGAAGACUUUUGCUUAUCUGAUUCUCUCCACGUUCGUUGGUGGCGGGAUGCAUCCGAUGGCUGGUCACUUCAUUUCCGAACAUUACGUCUUCAAUCCGAAACAGGAGACAUACUCUUACUACGGUCCGCUUAAUCUUCUUACAUGGAGUGUUGGCUACCACAAUGAACACCAUGAUUUCCCCAGGAUUCCAGGAAGCAAGCUUUACAAGGUGAAGGAGAUUGCACCAGAAUUCUACAAUGAACUAGAUUCAUAUAAAUCAUGGAGCCAGGUGAUAUACAUGUACAUUAUGGACAGAACAGUGGGGCCAUUUAGUAGGAUGAAGAGAAUGGCGAAGAAAUCUGAGUAGUUGAUCCGAUCCUUCUCUCCCUUUUAGAAUCUUUUUCCAUCUGUUUUGAUGGACCAUUCUCUCUUGAGCUGGUUUUGCCAUUGUUUUGAUUAUGUUCUUGGAGAGUUUAUAUUCAUUCUCUUUAAGUUGUAUAGUAGCCAGGCAUGUUCCUUGUUCACUGUACUGUACUCAAUUUUCAGGGCUUUUUGAGGGACCGUUUGUAAAAGGAGCCGAGCGUUAGCCAAACUAGAUUCUCAUAGCUUUGGUAUUUUGGCAAUUUACCAUUCUUACUUUGUCUACAUAUUUUCA